AUCCCAGCGGCGUCAUCCUCUUCCUUAUCACCAUCACUCAGGCUGAGUUAGCGGCGCGCCCAAGGAAGAAACGGAGAACGAAAACAAUGGCCGCCCUCCGCCACCUCGCCGGCGCCACCCACAACCACCGCAUCGCGGCCAACUCCUCCUCCCUCUUCGACCUCCAGCGGCCGCCUUCCUGCCUCGCCGCGGCGCGACCCCUCAGCCUCGCGCCCCUCCGCUCCCGCUUCACCCGGCUUUACGCGCUGUCCAGCAACGACAUCAAGGUGGGGUUCAACCUGGAGGUGGACGGCGCGCCGUGGAAGAUUCUUGAGUUUCUCCAUGUCAAACCUGGAAAAGGUGCCGCUUUUGUGAGGACAAAAAUGCGCAAUUAUAUCACUGGCAACACAGUUGAGAAAACCUUUCGAGCUGGAAGUACGAUCCAGGAAGCUUCUAUUUCAAAGGAAACCAAACAAUUCACCUACAAGGAUGGCUCCCAGUUUGUGUUCAUGGAUUUGACGUCCUUUGAAGAGAGCCGCUUAAACGAGUCAGAUGUUGGCGACAGGCAGAAGUGGUUGAAAGAAGGAAUGGACUGCACUUUGUUAUACUGGAAUGGACGGAUCAUUGAUUUUGAUCUUCCCAUCACUGUUAGGCUGACCGUAACCGAGGCUGAUCCAGGGCAAGGUGACAGUGCACAAGGAGGAACAAAGCCUGCAACUCUGGAAACAGGAGCUGUUGUCAAUGUGCCGUCUUUCGUUGAUGUAGGCGAUGAUGUUCUAAUUGACUCGAGAACCGGGCAGUAUAUGAGCCGGGCAUAGAGUGGAAGUGGAUACCAGAUGAGAUGCCAACAGUGAAGAGCUAGUUUUCUUGUCCCCCAAUUUUUGGUUUAAUUAUCCGUUCAAAAGUUCACAACAUUGUCUCUUUUUUUCGCAUUUAUCAUACUGGGACCAUCUACACCGGGCAUGAAAUUCUAUGGAAAAUUUCUGAACUGGGCCCC